AUGCAGGAGGUAGUUGCCCCCACAGUCCAUCUUUCAUUUGAUAUCGAAUAUGCCCUGGAACAGCAGAUAGGGGCUCAAGUGUUGCCCUUUCCUGGAAUGGACAAAUCUGGUGCAGGCACUUGUACGUUUUAUUUAGUAAGUGGUUGUAAUAAGGGUACAGCGUGUCCAUUCCGUCAUGUAAGAGGUGACAGAACAGUUGUUUGUAAACAUUGGUUACGUGGUUUGUGUAAAAAGGGAGAUGACUGUGAAUUUUUACAUGAAUAUGACAUGACCAAGAUGCCUGAGUGUUAUUUCUUCUCAAAAUUUGGUCAGUGUAGUAAUAAAGAAUGUCCAUUUCUUCACAUUGAUCCUGAGAAGAAAAUAAAAGAUUGUCCAUGGUAUGAUCGAGGUUUUUGCCGACAUGGGCCUAACUGUAAAAACAGACAUCAAAGAAGAGUACUAUGUAUAUCUUAUGUCAAUGGUUUCUGUUUAGAUGGUGCUAAUUGUAAAUUUGUUCACCCCAAAUUUGAUCUUCCUGUAACAGACAACUCUCAACAAGUGAAGAAAGGAAAUCUAACUUGUCAUUUCUGUGGUGAAUAUGGACAUAAAGCUAUACAUUGUAAUAAAAUGCCUAACCAAAUGAGGAAUCUGCUCUCAUCAGAGAACAUAACACGUGCCCAGUCCCGCCGUUGCCAACGUCGAACUCGCAUGGCCCAGAUCAGUCUGUUAAGACCUUUAGAUCAAGUUACAUGCUAUAAGUGUGGAGAGAAGGGUCAUUAUGCUAAUAAAUGUAACAAAGGUCAUUUAGCUUUCCUCAGUCAGAAUGCACAGAAUGUGGCCAUGAUGCAACCAGUGAAUACAUAA